AUGGCGUUGAAAACCUCUCUCCCACGCUACACAAAAGCGGCCAAUAAGCUGAAGCAAUUCGCCGCAGUCAAAAGCCCCGUGCCCGACGUGGAAACUCAGUACAGUUACGUGCACGGUGCUACACCAGCACCACUCCUCAACCACACAAUUGGGCAGAGACUGCGAAUUGGUGCUGAAACCGUACCAGACAAAGAGAUUUGCGUCUUUGUUGAGAAUAACAUCAGAAAAACGUACGAAGAGUUCCACAAGGAGGCUACACAGCUGGCAGCCGGCUUCUGUAAUCUGGGUCUGAAUCGAAACGACAGAAUCGGCAUCUGGGGCCCCAACUACUACGAGUGGCUGUUGACCAAGUAUGCGGCUGCUUUGGGUGGCUUCUGCUUGGUUAACAUCAAUCCUGGCUAUCAAACUGAAGAGUUGAGGUAUGCUUUGAGGAAGGUGGGAGUUUCUGCGCUGAUUACGCCGCCCGAGUUCAGAAAAAGCAAGUAUUAUAAGUGAGUUUUUAUUUUUUUACAAAAAUUUUGAAGUUUAUUUUUAAAAUAGCAAAAAAAUUAAAAAUAGCAAGAAGUUUCUUUCAAAGCUCAAAAUGACAAGAACUUUCUUUACAAAAUGAAAAAUAGCAAGAACUUUUUUUACAAAAAAAUGGCAAGAACUUUCCUUACAAACAAAAAACGGCAAAAACUUUCUUUACAAAACAUAAAAUGGCAAAAAAUUUCUUUACAUAAUCAGGAAUAGCAAAAACUUUCUUUACAAAACAAAAAAUCCUUUUUAUCGUAUAACUUGUCACUUGCAGUCUGCAAACCAGAAAAAUAGCUUGUUUUGACAGAAAUAGCAAGAACUUUAUUUACAAUACAAAAAAUUGCAAGAACUUUCUUUACAACCUUAAAAAUUGCCAAAAAUGUCUGCCAACUCUUAAGUUAAGCCUGUACAAAAUAUAAAAAUUUCAGCACGAUCUAUGAAAUCAUCCCAGAACUAACCAUCCUUCCCGAUGGCUGUGGUAGUGUUCAUUCCAAGAACCUGCCCGACCUUAAGCAUCUCAUUGUCUUCCGCAACGAAACCAAUCUUCGUGGCGCCUGGAACCUCAAGGACGUAGCUGAAGGUGGUAACGGCUCAAAUGCUCGCAAAACUCAAGCCGAACACGAGAACCGAGUACGAUUCGACGAUCCAGCCAACAUCCAAUUUACUUCCGGUACCACCGGUCAUCCCAAGGCUGCCACUUUGACCCAUCACAACAUUGUUAACAACGCCUGGUUCACUGGAGUACGACUAGAGUUCGACAAGGGUGAGCACAAGAUUUGUGUACCAAACCCACUGUACCAUUGUCUCGGUUCGGUGUGUGGAGAGUUGAGCUCGGUGGUUCAUCAACAAACCGCCAUCUUCCCCGCGGCUUGGUUCAAUGCCCAGUCGACUUUGAAUGCCAUAAACCAGGAGAAGGUGACUUCACUGUUUGGUACCCCUACCAUGUUUAUUGACUGCUUGAAUCAUCCGGAUCUGAAGAAUACUGAUGUCUCAUCGCUUUACAAUGGAAUGGUCGCUGGAGCGCCUUGUCCUAGGGGUAAGAGCUCUUUAAAAACGGAAAAAUGGCAAGAACUUUCUUUACAAAAAGAAAACGGCAAUAACUUUCUUUGCAAAACAAAAAAUGGCAAGAACUUUCUUUACAAAAGGAAAAUACGUCUUAUCGUAUAAAUUGUCACCCGCAGCCUGCAAAGCCCAAAAAUGGUUUUUUUGAUGCAAAUGGCAAGAACUUUCUUUACAAAACAGAAAAUGACAAGAACUUUCUUUACAGUUAAAAAAUCUUUUAUAUUCUCCUUUUUCAGACAUGAUGAAGCGACUGUCGGAAGAAAUGAACCUAACCAAGCUAGCCAUUGCCUAUGGCUCUACCGAAGUCUCCCCAAUGUGCCUAAUGGUCCGUGCCGAAGAAGAAGCACCAAAGCGUUGGGAAUCGGUUGGUACUAUCUGUGAGCACGUUGAAGUCAGUAUCACGGAUGCCGAAGGUCACGUUACUCCCAUUGGAGAGCCCGGAGAGAUCUGUGUUCGUGGCUACAGUGUGAUGCGUGGCUACUGGGACGACGAAGAGAAGACGCGCAAGGAGAUCACACCCGACCGUUGGUAUCACACUGGUGACAUUGGUAUCAUGGAGAAGGACGGUAGUGUCAAGAUUGCUGGUCGAUCGAAAGACUUGGUUAUUCGAGGCGGAGAGAACAUCUACCCCGCCGAGGUGGAGCAGUUCCUCUUCACUCACGACGCCAUUGCUGAUGUUCACGUUGUGGGUGUACCGGACGUGCGAUUUGGUGAAGAGUUGUGUGCGUGGAUUCGGCUGAAGGAUGGGUAUGAGAAGUUUACUGAGCAAGAGUUGAAGGACUGGUGCAAGGGCAAGAUCGCCCACUACAAGGUACCGAGGUACAUGUUGUUCAAGAAGGAGACCGACUUCCCGAUGACUGUGACUGGUAAGGUGAAGAAGAACAUCUUGAGAGAGGUGUCGAGGAAGGAGUUGAACUUGAUUCCUGAGGCUAUUCAUUACAAUGCCUAA